AUUAGCAUGUAAUUGUAGUUCUAUAGCAAGUUUAUCAACGAGCGCUAUCCGAAAAUACAGCAGCAAGGAAACAAACUGCAAGCAAGCAAGCGCCUGCAAGCAUCAUACUAGCAUAGUAGUGUUUUUGUCGACUAGAUCUACUCCAUUGCUGAUAUGAACGCUUUGCCUCUUGAGCGCGACCAACCUAGUUAAGAUUAGCCGUUUGCGAGCCUCCCAAGGCCCGAGUCAGCAAGCAUGCUGGGCUAGCGCACCAGCCCUGAACGCACCAACAUACCGCUGGAUGCAAAGCCCAAAUGCACAAGUUAACAAAAAGAAGAGACACCUAUACGUCGACGAAUCGCGGCGCCAUAUGCGACACAGCCCAUGUCCCCGGAUGUUGCAAUGCCACUUCGAUGGCCAGCACCUAUAUGGCGCCCGCUCGCCCAGCCGCCACUAGCCGAUCAUUCACCCCCUGCCGCGCAUCCUCCUUCUCAUCAACCUUCCACUCCUCUUCUCGCCCAACAGCUCUCUCAGCCCUUCCCCACUCUCGCACCCCCAGCCUCAGCCCUUCCGCCCGCACGCCGUCUCUGCUCGCACCGGCCCCUCCCUGCCUCCCUCAUCCUCCCCACCUGCUCCCCCUCCCCCACCGCCGCCGCUGCCCUCCCCCCUGCCGCGCCGCGGGUGUGCUGGAGGGUUUCAGCGGCGUGUCAAACCUCAUGUCGCCGGAAGCCGCCACCAUCUUCUCCGCCAUCAUCGCCAUCAGCUCGGUGGCGCUCAACCUGUACGGCGGCCUCAUCACGGAGAAGCGGCGCGCGGAGCUAGCACGGGAGGUGGAGCGCGAGCGCCAGGCCGCCGCCGCCGCCGCGGAGGAGCGCGGCGUGGUGGCUCGCUACCGCGGCCCCCUGCUGGAGGCCAGCGUGGACCUGGAGGGGCGGCUGGUGCACAUCGCCACACUGACGGGCGAGUGGCGCAGCGGGGAGGAGGGCGGCGCGGAGGAGGAGGUGGUGUACACGCUGUUCACGCUGGCGCAGUGGCUGGGAUUCCUGGAGGUCAUCCGGAGGGAGGG